AUGAAGUUCUUCAUCCCCGCCGUCCUCUUUGCUGCUACUGCCAUGGCCUUGCCUGGCCACGGUGGCCCCAUUGGACAAGCAUCCGACAACAAGGUUGAGGAUGCUGUUGCCAAGUGCGGCAAUGGGGCCGAGGUGUCUUGCUGCAAUAAGGUCACCAAAACCGAGGGUGUCAGCCAGAACAACGUUGGUGUUCUGUCCAACGUUCUCGGUGCGGUUGGCAGCGAGGGCCUUGGUCUUGGCCAGGGCUGCACUCAGCUUGACAUCCCAGUUUCCGUCCUCGGCGCCGCUGGACUGACUGACUUCCUCAAGAAGAAUUGCCAGCAACAAAUUGCCUGCUGCCAGAAUACCAACUCCCAGGCUAAUGGCAACCUCGUUGGGGUGGCCGUCCCCUGUGUCAGCUUCGGCGGCCUGCUGUAA